CUUUAGAUCUCCAAAUUUUCACCUUCUUCUUCCUCGAACACGAAAACAUUUCUGUAACAUUCCCAAUUCUCCAUUCAAAUUCUCACUAACCACUCACUCAAAUCCCUAGAUCUGAAAAAAACUUCAAUUCCAAUCUUCUCAGAUCUCCAAUUUUCCGAAAAUGGAGAAGGAAAAGGCAUGUACGUUACUGGUUCACUUCGACAAGGGAACACCCGCCAUGGCCAACGAGAUCAAGGAAGCUUUAGAAGGAAACGAAAUCGAAUACAAGAUCGAAGCUAUGAAAAAAGCUAUUUUGCUACUCCUUAAUGGUGAGACCAUUCCUCAACUCUUUAUCACUAUUAUUCGUUACGUUCUUCCUUCUGAAGAUCACAUUAUCCAGAAACUUCUCCUUCUUUAUUUGGAGAUUAUUGAAAAGACUGAUAAUAAAGGUAAAGUACUUCCUGAGAUGAUUCUUAUUUGUCAGAAUCUUCGUAAUAAUCUUCAGCAUCCUAAUGAGUUUAUACGAGGAGUUACUUUACGAUUUCUUUGUCGUAUUAAGGAGGCUGAGAUUGUGGAGCCUCUGAUUCCUUCGAUUCUACAGAAUUUGGAUCAUCGUCAUCCUUUUGUUCGUCGUAAUGCUGUUCUUGCUGUUAUGUCUGUUUAUCGACUUCCUGGUGGUGAUCAAUUGCUUGUCGAUGCACCGGAGAUUAUAGAGAAGUUUUUGUCUUCGGAACAGGAUAAUUCUAGUAAGCAUAAUGCUUUUCUUAUGCUUUUUACUUGUGAAGAAGAUCGUGCUGUUAAUUACCUUUUUACACAUGUUGAUAGAAUUAUUGAUUGGGGUGAACAGCUUCAGAUGGUUGUGUUAGAAUUGAUUAAGAAAGUUUGUAGAAUCAAUAAGGGUGAGAAGGGAAAGUAUAUUAAGAUUAUUAUAUCACUUUUGAAUGCUCCUUCAAGUGCUGUUAUCUAUGAGUGUGCUGGUACUCUUGUUUCCUUGUCUUCGGCCCCAACUGCGGUUAGGGCUGCAGCUAGUACUUACUGCCAGCUUUUGCUCUCUCAGAGUGAUAACAAUGUUAAGCUUAUUGUUCUUGAUAGGCUUAAUGAGCUUAAAGCUUCACAUAGGGAGAUUAUGGUUGAGUUGGUUAUGGAUGUGCUUAGAGCUUUGUCUAGCCCGAAUCUCGAUAUUAAGAGGAAGACUCUUGAUAUUGUGCUUGAUUUGAUCACGCAUAGAAAUGUGGAUGAGGUUGUUCUUAUGUUGAAGAAAGAGGUUGUUAAGACUCAAAGUGGUGAGCAUGAGAAGAAUGGCGAGUAUAGGCAGAUGUUGGUGCAAGCUAUCCAUACUUGCGCUAUUAAGUUCCCUGAGGUUGCGAGCACUGUGGUUCAUCUUUUGAUGGACUUCUUGGGUGACACCAAUGUGGCUUCUGCGUUAGAUGUUGUUGUUUUUGUACGUGAGAUUAUUGAAACCAACCCGAAGUUGCGUGUUUCUAUUAUAACUAGGCUGUUGGAUACUUUUUACCAGAUUCGUGCUUCUAGGGUGUGUGCUGGUGCUCUCUGGAUCAUUGGUGAGUAUUGCCUUUCGCUUUCUGAAGUUGAGAGUGGAAUUGUGACUAUUAAGCAAUGUCUUGGGGACCUUCCAUUUUUUACCCCUUCUGAAGAAGGGGAGGAUCAAAGUGCUCAGAAGACAUCUCAGCCUGUAAACUCAACCACUGUGUCAUCUAGGAGGCCUCUGGUACUUGCCGAUGGGACUUAUGCCACCCAAAGUGCUGUAUUGGAAACUGCUUUGUCUCCACCUACACUCGUCCAAGGAUCUUUGGCUUCUAUUGGAAACUUGAGAUCUCUUAUUCUUUCCGGUGACUUUUUUCUGGGGGCUGUUGUAGCUUGCACAUUGACAAAGCUUGUAUUGAGAUUGGAAGAGGUUCAGUCUUUAAAAAGUGAAGUUAACAAAACAACUACACAAGUUUUAUUGAUAUUUGUUUCUAUGCUUCAAUUGGGUCAAUCCUCGGCUCUUCCACAACCCAUUGAUAACGAUUCUCAUGAGAGGAUUGUGUUGUGUAUCAGAUUGUUAUGCAACACCGGCGAUGAUGUUAGAAAAAUAUGGUUGCAGUCGUGCAGGGAAAGCUUUGUGAAAAUGCUAGCAGAUAAGCAGCGCCGUGAAACAGAGGAGAUAAAAGCUAAGGCUCAAACAUCUAAUGCACAACCUGAUGACCUUAUUGAUUUCUACCAUUUGAAGAGCAGAAAGGGCAUGAGCCAGCUGGAGUUGGAGGAUGAGGUCCAAGACGAUCUGAAACGUGCUACAGGAGAGUUCACAAACGAUGGAGAUGAUGCAAAUAAACUGAAUCGCAUUCUUCAGCUCACAGGAUUCAGUGAUCCUGUUUAUGCAGAAGCAUAUGUCACUGUUCAUCAUUACGAUAUUGUACUUGAUGUCACUGUCAUAAAUCGAACUAACGAGACACUGCAGAAUUUGUGCUUGGAGUUGGCUACCAUGGGUGAUCUCAAGCUUGUAGAGCGACCUCAAAACUAUACUCUAGCUCCUCAAUCAAGCAAACAGAUAAAGGCAAAUAUCAAGGUUUCUUCAACUGAAACCGGAGUCAUAUUCGGGAAUAUUGUGUAUGAGACUUCUUCGAAUGUGCAUGACAGGAGUGUAAUUGUUCUCAAUGACAUCCAUAUUGACAUAAUGGAUUACAUCUCUCCUGCUUCCUGCGCUGACGUGACAUUUAGAACAAUGUGGGCUGAGUUUGAAUGGGAGAACAAGGUUGCGGUUAACACCGUUAUUCAAAACGAGAAGGAAUUUUUGGACCACAUUAUGAAAUCAACAAACAUGAAAUGUCUUACUCCACCAUCUGCACUGGAAGGGGAGUGCGGGUUCUUGGCAGCUAACUUGUACGCGAAGAGUGUUUUCGGGGAAGACGCGUUGGUGAAUGUGAGUAUUGAGAAACAAGGAGACGGUAAGCUAAGUGGAUACAUAAGAAUAAGAAGUAAAACUCAAGGCAUUGCUUUGAGUCUUGGAGAUAAGAUCACAUUGAAACAAAAGGGUAGUAGUGUUUAAGUAAGUCUCUCUCUAUUCCUAACUUUGUCUUUUCAUCAAGACAAGUUAUAUCAUCAUCUUUUGCCAAUUUUAUUGUUAAUUUUUGGUCUUUGGAUUUAGUUUGUGCAUUGAUUUUUUUUCUUCAUCAUCAUCUUCUAUAAUUAGUAUAACCUUGAAUUUGUUACAAAUUCCCAUCCUGUAUUUUGAUCUUUUUAGAGAGAGAGAGAAAAAGAGAGAGAGAGAGAGAUGAACUUGGUCAUCAUCACCCUGGUAUCAAUAACAAAAGGCUUCAUGCUGUGUUAGUAAAUUUGUAUCGAUAUGAAAAGAGUUCUUCUGUUUA